AGAGGAAAGAAUUAGGAAAGAAGCGGAAGAAGAGAAGAAGCAGAAGUUACAGGCUGCGGAGAAGGAGGCCAGGAAAAUGGAGGCUUUCCUGCAGGAGAAGGAGAAGGAGGUUCUGCAGCUGCAGGAGGAAGCCAAGACGUUCAUCACCCCCGAGAACCUGGAGGCGCGGAUUGAGGAGUGCCUGGACAACCCUCGCAACUACAACUUCGCCAUCGACAAGGACGGGCGGAUCGUCAAGCGGACGGUGUUGUCUUAA